AUGGCUCCAUCUGCUGGAUGUGCCAGGUCUCGACGGGCUGAUUGGGAGCUGGUGAGUAAUCAAGGACGGAUUGCUCACCAGCUGUGCAAGGCCCGUAAAGCUGCCAGAAGGGCAGCACAUAGGGGUGGGGGAAGAAAGGACUCCCGUGUUAUUGUUGACGGUUACAGAGCUAACAAGAGGGAGUUCAGUUUUGUGCCCGACAGGAUACAGCCAGACCCAGAACCCAGAAGACGGUGGUGGAGAUAUGGCUACAAUCAAGAUGAGAUGCAGAGCUACACUGCUCUGCCUAACAGAUGCACCCACAACAACCACAGUGUCUCCCACAACAACUGCAGCAGCUCCAACAACAGCUUCCCCUACAGCAACCACAGCUGCGGCUACAACAACCAAAUUCAUCCCUACAACAACCACAUCUGCCCCCAAAACAACCACAGAUACACCCAAAACAACAACUUUUUCUCCCAAGAAGGCUACAGCAGAUCCCACAACCACAGCAGCUUCCCCUACAACAACCAAAGUCGUGCCCACAACAACCACAACCACAACAACACCCACAACAACACCAAUGACAUCUACACCUACGGCUUCAACAAGCACAGAUGUGGCUACAACAACAACAGCUUCUCCCACAACAACCACAGCUUAUCCCACAACAACCGCAGCUUAUCCCACAACAACCACAGUUGCAGCUACAAGAGCAAGAGCUGCAGCAACAACAACCGAAGUGCUGGCCUCAACAACCACAGCUGCUCCAAUAACAACCACAGCUGCUACAACAACACAAGCUGCAGCAACAACAACCGAAGCUCUGGCCUCAACAACCACAGCUUCUCCAACAACAUUCAUAACUUCUCACACAACAACCACAGCUUCUCCCACAACAACCACAGCAUCUACCACAACAACCACACGUCUCCCACAACAACCAUAGCUUCUCCCACAACAACCACAGCUUCUCCCACAACAACCACAACUUCUCCCACAACAACCACAGCUCCUACCACAACAACCACAGCUUCUCCCACAACAACCACAGUUGCAGCUACAACAACAGAUGCUGCAGCAACAACAGCCGAAGCGCUGGACUCAACAACCACAGCUGUGCCAACGACAACCACAGCUGCAGAAACUACAACAACAGCUUCUCCCACAACAACCACAGCUUCUCCCACGACAACCACAGCUUCUCCCACAACAACCACAGCCUUACCCACAACAACCACAGCUUCUCCCACAACAACUACAACUGCUCCAACAACAUUCACAACUUCUCACACAACAACCACAGCAGCACAAACUACAAAAACAGCUUCUCCCACAACUACAGCGUCUCCCACAACAACCACAGCUUCUCCCACAACAACCACAGCUUCUCCAACAACAACCACAGUUGCAGCGACAACAACAAGAGCUUCAGCAAAAACAACCGAAGUGCUGGCCUCAACAACCACAGCUGCUCCAACUGCAAUUACAGAUUCUCCCACAUCAACCACAGCUUCUCUUAUAACAACCACAGCGUCUCCCACAACAACCACAGCGUCUCCCACAACAACCACAGCUUCUCCCACAACAACCACAGCUCAUACCACAACAACCACAGCUUAUCCCACAACAACCACAGUUGCAGCUACAACAACAAGAGCUGCAGCAACAACAAUUGAAGUGCUGGCCUCAACAACCACAGCUGCUCCAACAACAACCACACCUGCACAAACGACAACCACAGCUUCUCCCACAGCAACCACAGCUUCUCUCAUAACAACCACAUCAUCUCCCACAACAACCACAGCUUCUCCCACAACAACCACAGUUGCAGCUACAACAACCACAGCUGCAGCAACAACAACCGAAGCACUGGCCUCAACAACCACCGCUGCACCAACGACAACCACAGCUGCACAAACGACAACCACAGCUUCUCCCACAACAACCACAGCUUCUCCCACAACAACCACAGCUUCUCCCACAACAACCACAGCCGUCUCCCACAACAACCACAGCUUCUCCCACAACAACCACAGUUGCAGCUACAACAUCCACUGCUGCAGCAACGACAACCGAAGCAACCGAAGUGCUGGCCUCAAAAACCACAGCUGCUCCAACAACAACCACAGCUGCACAAACUACAACAACAGCUUCUCCCACAACACCUACAGCUUCUCCCACAACAACCACAGCUUCUCCAACAACAACCACAACUUCUCCCACAACUACCACAGCUCCUACCACAACAACCACAGCUUAUCCCACAACAACCACAGUUGCAGCUACAACAACAAGAGCUGUAGCAACAACAACCACAGCUGCUCCAACAACAACCACAGCUGCACAAACGACAAUCACAGCUUCUCCCACAACAACCACAGCUUCUCCCACAACAACCACAACUUCUCCCACAACAACCACAGCUUCUCCCACAACAACCACAGCUUCUCCCACAACAACCACAGCUUCUCCCACAACAUUCACAACUUCUCCCAUAACAACCACAGUUUCUCCCACAACAACCACAGAAUCUCCCACAACAACCACAGUUGCAGCUACAACCACCACAGCUGCAGCAACAACAACCGAAGUGCUGGCCUCAACAACCACAGCUGCUCCAACAACAAACACAGCUGCACAAACUGCAACAACAGCUUCUCCCACAACAACCAAAGCUUCUCUCAUAACAACCACAGCACAACAGCUUCUCCCACAACAACCACAGCAUCUCCCACAACAACCACAGCUUCUCCCACAACAACCACAGCUUCUCCCACAACAACCACAGCUAUUCCCACAACAACCACAGCUGCACAAACGACAACCACAGCUUCUCCAACAACAACCACAGCUUCUCCCACAACAUUCACAACUUCUCACACAACAACCACAGCUUCUCCCACAACAACCACAGAAUCUCCCACAACAACCACAGUUGCAGCUACAACCACCACAGCUGCAGCAACAACAACCGAAGUGUUGGCCUCAACAACCACAGCUUCUCCCACAACAACCACAACAACCACAGCUGCUCCAACAACAACCACAGCUGCACAAACUGCAACAACAGCUUCUCCCACAACAACUACAGCUUCUCCCACAACAACCACAGCUGCACAAACAACAACCACAGCUUCUCCCACAACAACCACAGCUGCACAAACUGCAACAACAGCUUCUCCCACAACAACUACAGCUUCUCCCACAACAACCACAGCGUCUCCCACAACAACCACAGCUGCAGCAACAACAACCGAAGUGCUGGCCUCAACAACCACAGCUGCUCCAACAACAACCACAGCUGAACAAACUACAACAACAGCUUCUCCCACAACAACCACAGCAUCUCCCACAACAACCACAGCUUCUCCCACAACCACAGCUUCUCCCACAACAUUCACAACUUCUCACACAACAACCACAGCGUCUCCCACAACAACCACAGCUUCUCCCACAACAACCACAGUUGCUCCAACAACAACCACAGCUGAACAAACUGCAACAACAGCUUCUCCCACAACAACUACAGCUUCUCCCACAACAACCACAGCUGCACAAACAACAACCACAGCUUCUCCCACAACAACCACAGCUGCACAAACUGCAACAACAGCUUCUCCCACAACAACUACAGCUUCUCCCACAACAACCACAGCGUCUCCCACAACAACCACAGCUGCAGCAACAACAACCGAAGUGCUGGCCUCAACAACCACAGCUGCUCCAACAACAACCACAGCUGAACAAACUACAACAACAGCUUCUCCCACAACAACCACAGCAUCUCCCACAACAACCACAGCUUCUCCCACAACCACAGCUUCUCCCACAACAUUCACAACUUCUCACACAACAACCACAGCGUCUCCCACAACAACCACAGCUUCUCCCACAACAACCACAGUUGCUCCAACAACAACCACAGCUGAACAAACUACAACAACAGCUUCUCACACAACAACCACAGCGUCUCCCACAACAAUAACAGCUUCUCCCACAACAACCACAGCUUCUCUCAUAACAACCACAGCGUCUCCCACAACAACCACAGCUUCUCCCACAACAACCACAGUUGCAGCUACAACAUCCACUGCUGCAGCAACAACAACCAAAGUGCUGGCCUCAACAACCACAGCUGCUCCAACAACAACCACAGCUGAACAAACUACAACAACAGCUUCUCCCACAACAACCACAGCUUCUCCCACAACAACCACAGCUUCUCUCAUAACAACCACAGCUUGCAGCUACAACAUCCACUGCUGCAGCAACAACAACCGAAGUGCUGGCCUCAACAACCACAGUUGCUCCAACAGCAAUCACAGAUUCUCCCACAACAACCACAGCUUCUCCCACAACAACCACAGCUUCUCUCAUAACAACUACAGUGUCUCCCACAACAACCACAGCUUCUCCCACAACAACCACAGUUGCAGCUACAACAUCCACUGCUGCAGCAACAACAACCGAAGUGCUGGCCUCAAAAACCACAGCUGCUCCAACAACAACCACAGCUGCACAAACUACAACAACAGCUUCUCCCACAACAACCACAGCUUCUCCCACAACAACCACAGCUUCUCCCACAACAACAACCACAGCUGCUCCAACAACAACCACAGCUGCACAAACUGCAACAACAGCUUCUCCCACAACAACUACAGCUUCUCCCACAACAACCACAGCUUCUCCCACAACAACCAAAGCUGCACAAACUACAACAACAGCUUCUCCCACAACAACCACAGCUUCUCCCACAACAACCACAGCUUCUCCCACAACAACCACAGUUGCAGCUACAACAACCACAGCUGCAGCAACAACAACCGAAGUGCUGGCCUCAACAACCACAGCUGCUCCAACAACAACCACAGCUGAACAAACUACAACAACAGCUUCUCCCACAACAACCACAGCAUCUCCCACAACAACCACAGCUUCUCCCACAACCACAGCUUCUCCCACAACAACCACAGUUGCAGCUGCAACAUCCACUGCUGCAGCAACAACAACUGAAGUGCUGGCCUCAACAACCACAGCUUCUCCCACAACAACCAUAGCAUCUCCCACAACAACCACAGCUUAUCCCACAACAACCACAGUUGCAGCUACAACAACAAGAGCUGCAGCAACAACAAUAACCGAAGUUCUGGCCUCAACAACCACAGCUGCUCCAACAACAACCACAGCUUCUCCCACAACAACCACAGCUUCUCUCAUAACAACCACAGCGUCUCCCACAACAACCACAGCUUCUCCCACAACAACCACAGUUGCAGCUACAACAUCCACUGCUGCAGCAACAACAACCGAAGUGCUGGCCUCAAAAACCACAGCUGCUCCAACAACAACCACAGCUGCACAAACUACAACAACAGCUUCUCCCACAACAACCACAGCUUCUCCCACAACAACCACAGCUUCUCCCACAACAACAACCACAGCUGCUCCAACAACAACCACAGCUGCACAAACUGCAACAACAGCUUCUCCCACAACAACUACAGCUUCUCCCACAACAACCACAGCUUCUCCCACAACAACCACAGUUGCAGCUACAACAACCACAACUGCAGCAACAACAACCGAACGUCUCCCACAACAACCACAGCUUCUCCCACAACAACCACAGUUGCAGCUACAACAACCACAGCUGCAGCAACAACAACCGAAGUCUUCUCCCACAACCACAGCUUCUCCCACAACAACCACAGCAUCUCCCACAACAACCAUAGCUUCUCCCACAACCACAGCUUCUCCCACAACAUUCACAACUUCUCACACAACAACCACAGCGUCUCCCACAACAACCACAGCAUCUCCCACAACAACCACAGCUUCUCCCAGAACCACAGCUUCUUCCACAACAUUCACAACUUCUCACACAACAACCACAGCGUCUCCCACAACAACAACAGCUUCUCCCACAACAACCACAGCUUCUCUCAUAACAACCACAGCGUCUCCCACAACAACCACAGCUUCUCCCACAACAACCACAGUUGCAGCUACAACAUCCACUGCUGCAGCAACAACAACCGAAGUGCUGGCCUCAAAAACCACAGCUGCUCCAACAACAACCACAGCUGCACAAACUACAACAACAGCUUCUCCCACAACAACCACAGCUUCUCCCACAACAACAACCACAGCUGCUCCAACAACAACCACAGCUGCACAAACUGCAACAACAGCUUCUCCCACAACAACUACAGCUUCUCCCACAACAACCACAGCUUCUCCCACAACAACCACAGUUGCAGCUACAACAACCACAGCUGCAGCAACAACAACCGAACUUCUCCCACAACCACAGCCUUCUCCCACAACAACCACAGCAUCUCCCACAACAACCACAGCUUAUCCCACAACAACCACAGUUGCAGCUACAACAACAAGAGCUGCAGCAACAACAAUAACCGAAGUUCUGGCCUCAACAACCACAGCUGCUCCAACAACAACCACAGCUUCUCCCACAACAACCACAGCUUCUCUCAUAACAACCACAGUGUCUCCCACAACAACCACAGCUUCUCCCACAACAACCACAGUUGCAGCUACAACAUCCACUGCUGCAGCAACAACAACCGAAGUGCUGGCCUCAAAAACCACAGCUGCUCCAACAACAACCACAGCUGCACAAACUACAACAACAGCUUCUCCCACAACAACCACAGCUUCUCCCACAACAACCACAGCUGCUCCAACAACAACCACAGCUGCACAAACUGCAACAACAGCUUCUCCCACAACAACUACAGCUUCUCCCACAACAACCACAGCUUCUCCCACAACAACCACAGUUGCAGCUACAACAACCACAGCUGCAGCAACAACAACCGAACUUCUCCCACAACAACCACAGAAUCUCCAACAACAACCACAGAAUCUCCCACAACAAACACAGUUGCAGCUACAACCACCACAGCUGAGGCAACAACAACCGAAGUGCUGGCCUCAACAACCACAGCUGCUCCAACAACAACCACAGCUGCACAAACUACAAAAACAGCUUCUCCCACAACUACAGCUUCUCCCACAACAACCAUAGCUUCUCCCACAACAACCACAGCUUCUCCAACAACAACCACAGUUGCAGCGACAACAACAAGAGCUGCAGCAACAACAUCAGAAGUGCUGGCCUCAACAACCACAGCUGCUCCAACAGCAAUCACAGAUUCUCCCACAACAACCACAGCUUCUCCCACAACAACCACAGCUUCUCUCAUAACAACAACCACAGCUUCUCAAACAAAAACAACCACAGCUUCUCCCACAACAACAACCACAGCUGCUCCAACAACAACCACAGCUGCACAAACUGCAACAACAGCUUCUCCCACAACAACUACAGCUUCUCCCACAACAACCACAGUUGCAGCUACAACAACAAGAGCUGCAGCAACAACAAUAACCGAAGUUCUGGCCUCAACAACCACAGCUGCUCCAACAACAACCACAGCUUCUCCCACAACAACCACAGCUUCUCUCAUAACAACCACAGUGUCUCCCACAACAACCACAGCUUCUCCCACAACAACCACAGUUGCAGCUACAACAUCCACUGCUGCAGCAACAACAACCGAAGUGCUGGCCUCAAAAACCACAGCUGCUCCAACAACAACCACAGCUGCACAAACUACAACAACAGCUUCUCCCACAACAACCACAGCUUCUCCCACAACAACCACAGCUGCUCCAACAACAACCACAGCUGCACAAACUGCAACAACAGCUUCUCCCACCUCAACAACCACAGCUGCUCCAACAACAACCACAGCUUCUCCCACAACAUUCACAGCUUCUCCCACAACAACCACAACUUCUCCCACAACAACCACAGCUUCUCCCACAACAACCACAGAAUCUCCCACAACCACAGCUUCUCCCACAACAACCACAGCUGCACAAACGACAACCACAGCUUCUCCCACAACAACCACAGCUUCUCCCACAACAUUCACAACUUCUCACACAACAACCACAGCUUCUCCCACAACAACCACAGAAUCUCCAACAACAACCACAGAAUCUCCCACAACAAACACAGUUGCAGCUACAACCACCACAGCUGAGGCAACAACAACCGAAGUGCUGGCCUCAACAACCACAGCUGCUCCAACAACAACCACAGCUGCACAAACUACAAAAACAGCUUCUCCCACAACUACAGCUUCUCCCACAACAACCAUAGCUUCUCCCACAACAACCACAGCUUCUCCAACAACAACCACAGUUGCAGCGACAACAACAAGAGCUGCAGCAACAACAUCAGAAGUGCUGGCCUCAACAACCACAGCUGCUCCAACAGCAAUCACAGAUUCUCCCACAACAACCACAGCUUCUCCCACAACAACCACAGCUUCUCUCAUAACAACAACCACAGCUUCUCAAACAAAAACAACCACAGCUUCUCCCACAACAACAACCACAGCUGCUCCAACAACAACCACAGCUGCACAAACUGCAACAACAGCUUCUCCCACAACAACUACAGCUUCUCCCACAACAACCACAGCUUCUCCCACAACAACCACAGCUACUCCCACAACAUUCACAACUUCUCACACAACAACCACAGCGUCUCCCACAACAACCACAGCUUCUCCCACAACAACCACAGUUGCAGCUGCAACAUCCACUGCUGCAGCAACAACAACUGAAGUGCUGGCCUCAACAACCACAGCUUCUCCCACAACAACCACAGCUUCUCACACAACAACCACAGUUGCAGCUACAACAUCCACUGCUGCAGCAACAACAACCGAAGUGCUGGCCUCAAAAACCACAGCUGCUCCAACAACAACCACAGCUGCACAAACUACAACAACAGCUUCUCCCAUAACAACCACAGCUUCUCCCAUAACAACCACAGCUUCUCCCACAACAACAACCACAGCUGCUCCAACAACAACCACAGCUGCACAAACUGAAACAACAGCUUCUCCCACAACAACUACAGCUUCUCCCACAACAACCACAGCUUCUCCCACAACAACCACAGUUGCAGCUACAACAACCACAGCUGCAGCAACAACAACCGAAGUGCUGGCCUCAACAACCACAGCUGCUCCAACAACAACCACAGCUGAACAAACUACAACAACAGCUUCUCCCACAACAACCACAGCAUCUCCCACAACAACCACAGCUUCUCCCACAACAACCACAGCUUCUCCCACAACAUUCCCAACUUCUCACACAACAACCACAGUGUCUCCCACAACAACCACAGCUUCUCCCACAACAACCACAGUUGCAGAUGCAACAUCCACUGCUGCAGCAACAACAACUGAAGUGCUGGCCUCAACAACCACAGCUUCUCCCACAACAACCACAGCUUCUCACACAACAACCACAGUUGCAGCUACAACAUCCACUGCUGCAGCAACAACAACCGAAGUGCUGGCCUCAAAAACCACAGCUGCUCCAACAACAACCACAGCUGCACAAACUACAACAACAGCUUCUCCCAUAACAACCACAGCUUCUCCCAUAACAACCACAGCUUCUCCCACAACAACAACCACAGCUGCUCCAACAACAACCACAGCUGCACAAACUGAAACAACAGCUUCUCCCACAACAACUACAGCUUCUCCCACAACAACCACAGCUUCUCCCACAACAACCACAGUUGCAGCUACAACAACCACAGCUGCAGCAACAACAACCGAAGUGCUGGCCUCAACAACCACAGCUGCUCCAACAACAACCACAGCUGAACAAACUACAACAACAGCUUCUCCCACAACAACCACAGCAUCUCCCACAACAACCACAGCUUCUCCCACAACAACCACAGCUUCUCCCACAACAACCACAGCUUCUCACACAACAACCACAGUUGCAGCUACAACAUCCACUGCUGCAGCAACAACAACCGAAGUGCUGGCCUCAAAAACCACAGCUGCUCCAACAACAACCACAGCUGAACAAACUACAACAACAGCUUCUCCCAUAACAACCACAGCUUCUCCCAUAACAACCACAGCUUCUCCCACAACAACAACCACAGCUGCUCCAACAACAACCACAGCUGCACAAACUGAAACAACAGCUUCUCCCACAACAACUACAGCUUCUCCCACAACAACCACAGCUUCUCCCACAACAACCACAGUUGCAGCUACAACAACCACAGCUGCAGCAACAACAACCGAAGUGCUGGCCUCAACAACCACAGCUGCUCCAACAACAACCACAGCUGAACAAACUACAACAACAGCUUCUCCCACAACAACCACAGCAUCUCCCACAACAACCACAGCUUCUCCCACAACAACCACAGCUUCUCCCACAACAUUCCCAACUUCUCACACAACAACCACAGUGUCUCCCACAACAACCACAGCUUCUCCCACAACAACCACAGUUGCAGAUGCAACAUCUACUGAUGCAGCAACAACAACUGAAGUGCUGGCCUCAACAACCACAGCUUCUCCCACAACAACCACAGCUUCUCCCACAACAACCACAGUUGCAGCUACAACAACCACAGCUGCAGCAACAACAACCGAAGUGCUGGCCUCAACAACCACAGCUGCUCCAACAACAACCACAGCUGAACAAACUACAACAACAGCUUCUCCCACAACAACCACAGCAUCUCCCACAACAACCACAGCUUCUCCCACAACAACCACAGCUUCUCCCACAACAUUCCCAACUUCUCACACAACAACCACAGUGUCUCCCACAACAACCACAGCUUCUCCCACAACAACCACAGUUGCAGAUGCAACAUCCACUGCUGCAGCAACAACAACUGAAGUGCUGGCCUCAACAACCACAGCUUCUCCCACAACAACCACAGCUUCUCACACAACAACCACAGUUGCAGCUACAACAUCCACUGCUGCAGCAACAACAACCGAAGUGCUGGCCUCAAAAACCACAGCUGCUCCAACAACAACCACAGCUGCACAAACUACAACAACAGCUUCUCCCAUAACAACCACAGCUUCUCCCAUAACAACCACAGCUUCUCCCACAACAACAACCACAGCUGCUCCAACAACAACCACAGCUGCACAAACUGAAACAACAGCUUCUCCCACAACAACUACAGCUUCUCCCACAACAACCACAGCUUCUCCCACAACAACCACAGUUGCAGCUACAACAACCACAGCUGCAGCAACAACAACCGAAGUGCUGGCCUCAACAACCACAGCUGCUCCAACAACAACCACAGCUGAACAAACUACAACAACAGCUUCUCCCACAACAACCACAGCAUCUCCCACAACAACCACAGCUUCUCCCACAACAACCACAGCUUCUCCCACAACAUUCCCAACUUCUCACACAACAACCACAGUGUCUCCCACAACAACCACAGCUUCUCCCACAACAACCACAGUUGCAGAUGCAACAUCCACUGAUGCAGCAACAACAACUGAAGUGCUGGCCUCAACAACCACAGCUUCUCCCACAACAACCACAGCUUCUCCCACAACAACCACAGUUGCAGCUACAACAACCACAGCUGCAGCAACAACAACCGAAGUCUUCUCCCACAACAACCACAGCUUCUCCCACAACAACCACAGCUUCUCCCACAACAACCACAGCUGCAGCUACAACAACAAAAGCUGCAGCAACAACAACCGAAGCUCUGGCAUCAACAACCACAGCUGCACCUACUGCAACAACAGCUUCUCUCACAACAACUACAGAUGCAACAACAAUUCCUGUAAGAACAACAAUGGCUUCAACAACAACAGCAGCUCCAACAACAACAGAAGCCCCAACAACAACACCAGCUGCUACUACAACAACCAUAGCUGCACCAACGACAACCACAGCUCCACCUACGGCGACAACUGUCACUACCACAAUGAGCUCAGAUUCACCUUUGACAACCACAGCUGCACCUACAGCAAAAACAGCUUCUCCCACAACAACCACAGCUGCACCAACGGCAACAACAGUUCCUGUUACAACAUCAAUGGUUUCAACAACAACAGCAGCUUCAACAACAACCACAGCUACACUUACAGCGACCACAUACACUUCCACAACAACCUCAGCUUCACCGUCGACAAUCACAGCUGCACCAGCGGCAAAUACAGCUCUUGUUACUACAGUUGUAGGAGCAACUACAGUUGCUCCUACAACAACAGCAACUCCAACAACAACCACAGCUGCACCAACGACAACCACAGUUUCACCUACAGCAACAACAGCUUCUCCAACAACAAACACAGCUGCACCAACGACAACCACAGAUUCACCUACAGGAACAACAGCUUCUCCCACUACAACCACAGCUGCACCAACAGCAACAGCAGUUCCUGUUACAACUACAAUGGCUCCUUCAACAACAGCAGCUUCAACAACAACCCCAGCUGCUCCCACAACAACCACAGCUGCAGCAACAAUAACGAUAGCUCCACCUACAGCAACCACAGAUGCUUCCAAAUCGACCUCAGUCUACACCAACGCAGCUCCAACAACAACCCCUGCGGCUCCCACAACAACCACAGCUACACCAACGGCAACCACAGAAUCACCUACAGCAACAACAGCUUCUCCAACAACAACCUCUGCUGCUCCCGCAACAACCACAGCUUCAUCAACUACAACGACAGAUUCACCUACAGAAACAACAGCUUCAUCAACAACAGCCACAGCUUCACCAACGGCAACAACAGUUCCUGUCAAAACAACAAUUGCUCCAACAACAACAGCAGCUCCAUCAUCAACCCCAGCUGCUCCCACAACAACCACAGCUGCACCAACGACAACCAUUGCUCUACCUACAGCGACAACAGCCACUUCCACAUUGACCUCAGCUUCACCGUCGACAACCACAGCUUCACCUGCAGCAACAACUUCCACUACCACAAUGAGCUCAGAUUCACCUUCGACAACCACAGCUGCACCUACAGCAACAACAGCUUAUCCCACAACAACCACAGCUGUACCAACGGCAAUAACAUUUUCUGUUACAACAACAAUGGCUCCAACACCAACAGAAGCUCCAAAAACAUCCCCAGCUGCACCAACAAUAACCACAGCUCCACCUACAUCGACCACAGAUGCUUCUACAUUGAACUCAGCUUCACCUUCAACAACCACAACAGCAACUACAGCAACAGCAGCUUCUCUCACAACAACCACAGCUGCACCAACGGCAACCACAGUUCCUAUUACAAUAACAAUGACUCCAACAAAUGCAACUCCAACAACACCAGCUGCUCCUACAACAACCAUAGCUGA